UGGAAUGACCUGGCAAAGGAAAGCGUGAAUCUAAAGUCAACUUUAUGGAAAUCCAAAGAAACUAAGUCUAACGUAGAUUAAAAUGGCUUCAUCCUUAGGCGUGUAUUCCUUCGAGAAGGUUCGGUGGACUUUGGAUGCGAUGAAAGCAAGGCGUGACAACCUAAUUCGGCUUACAACAGAAUCAAGUACCAAAGUGACAGCUUUGUUCUUUUACCACGGAGUGAAAAAAGAAAUAGAAGCAUGGAGAACUUUAGAGUGUUCAUCCCCUUCAUCUGAAGAAGUAAAGCAGAAAAUCCUACAACAUUGCAAGAUUUCCAUUAGUAAAUACGCAAAAGCCAUUCGUCUUUGUAAAUCCUUCAUGCGAAGUAACAGCUCCUUGGAAAUUCUGAUUGUUGGUGACGAAAACUUUUGUCACCAGCAAGAGACUGAGAAGGAAACUUUUGCGCUACUACGCCUGAAAGGUGGAACAGAUGAAGCUAUUUGCUACGCUGAAACAGCCUCUUUUCCUGAUGACAGAAAGUUUGCUAAUUAUCUCAUCAAGAUUAAUGGUUUUGAAGUGUUUAAUAAAAGGAAAGUGUACGAAAGAAGUCGUGCAAACGCUUGGAGCAACGAAGAUUCCAUUCUCAAACUUGCUACCGCAGUUAUGAGGGAAAGUUCAGAGUUGAGAGAAAAAUUUGGCAUUGUUGCAAUUGAAACAGAAGACUUAGAAGCAUUAGAAACACUGACUCGGGUAAGCCAGAGAGUGAUAAGCAAGCUAGACCCAGGCUACCUCGAUCCACUUGGCGAAGGCAGCUUUGGCCAGGUUUUUAGAGCUAAGAAGGGCGGCCGUGAUGUGGCUGUAAAGAUCUUGAAGAAUAUCGAGAGCCGCAAACAGAUAGAGGACUUUGAGCGAGAAGUGGACACACUAAGCACUUUUGGCAGAUAUUCUGCUCGUUGCUAUCAAAUAGAGAUUACAGAUACACCACCCCAGAAGCCGAGGGUUCAAUACGAUGGCAGCAUCAAAGCUAUUCUGAGCUUUUAUCCCGUCCUUCAUGGCCAGCCAAGCUCCUCCGCAAUUGUGUUUCACGAAGGAAAACCUUUGCUUUUGGCAGAUGUUGGAGCUGGUGUUCUCAAGGCUUGCAGGGAGAGACUCGCUCACAACGAGUUCCCAAGGAAUGUUUUCAUCACAAACAACCACUUGGAUCAUGCUGGUGAGCUCCCUUUGCUAUUUUUGUUCGAGAGCGAGAGGAGACAUUUGGCUGGUGAACCUCGCCUAAGAGUGUUGUCUGGCCCUGAGGUGCAACAUAAAUUAAAGACAUGCAGACUGGACGAAAUGCUCCACCUGUAUACACUGGAACAAAUAGCAGAUUGGGUAGUAUGUCAGCAAGAAGGAGACCCAACCUACCUGGAUGACGAAAAACAGUUCUCCAUGAAAAUCCACAAAACUCUUCAUAGCGGAAUAUGUUAUGGAUUUGUGCUAUUCUUCAAGGAGAAACCAGUUCUUGGUUAUUGCGUAGACUCUGGCUUCAAGGAGGACGUGUUCGAUUUUUUCUUCCAAGCCACCACUGUGAUAGUUGGUGCGAGGUCUAAUGCACCUAAAGAACAUGCAUCG